UCUUCUUUCUUCUCUAAAGUGAUCAUCACACAAACAUUUUUCCAUACCACAUAAAACCAGUCAUGGAUUACAAGAAAUCCAUAUUAGUUGUGUUCAUGGCCUUAGCAAUAGUGAUGAUAGGCCUCUCCUAUGGAUUCGAUUUCAACGAUAAAUUAGACUUAGAUUCCAAUAAUAGUUUAUGGGAGCUCUAUGAACAAUGGCUAAACUAUUACAGUGUAUCAAAGAGCCUUGAUGAUAAGCAAAACAGGUUCAAUGUGUUUAAGGAAAAUGUAAAGCAUAUCCAUCAAGUUAACAAAAUGGAUAGGCCUUAUAAGCUUAAGUUGAACCAAUUUGGUGACAUGACAAAUCAUGAGUUUCGGGCCCACUUUGCCGGGUCCAAGAUCCUCCACCAUAGAAUGUUCAAUGGGAAGAACACUACUCAAAGUUUCAUAUAUGCAAAUGCUGAUAAUCUCCCUUCUUCCAUUGAUUGGAGGAAAAAGGGUGCCGUUACUCCUAUCAAGAACCAAGGCCAAUGUGGAAGUUGCUGGGCAUUUUCAGCAGUAGCUGCAGUUGAAGGUAUAAACCACAUAAGAACAGGAAAGUUAGUGUCAUUAUCUGAACAAGAGCUUGUUGAUUGUGAUACCGAACAAAACCAAGGAUGUGAUGGUGGUCUUAUGGAAUGGGCGUUCGACUUUAUCGUGCAAAAUGGUGGUCUUACCACUGAGGAAAUUUACCCUUAUAGAGGUCAAGAUGGAAGAUGUGAUACACUUAAGAUGAACAAUCCAAAAGUAUCAAUUGAUGGGCAUGAAGUUGUACCAGAGAAUAAUGAAGAGGCUUUAUUUAAAGCUGUUGCUAAUCAACCUGUGUCUGUGGCCAUUGAUGCUAAUAGUCUAGAUAUGCAAUUUUAUUCCGAGGGGGUGUUUGAUGGUGAAUGUGGAACACAAUUGAAUCAUGGUGUAACAGCAAUAGGCUAUGGAACAACAAUUGAAGGAACCAAGUAUUGGAUAGUGAAAAAUUCAUGGGGAGAAGGUUGGGGUGAAAGAGGUUACAUAAGAAUGAAGCGUGAAAUCUCCAACAAACGAGGUUUAUGUGGCAUUGCAAUGGAAGCUUCUUAUCCUAUCAAAACUUCUAAAAAUCCUGUUCAAUACUUCAAUAAGGAUGAACUUUAAGCUUCUUAUUCAUAAAAAUAUGUUUUUAUAAAGUUUAAUUAACUUUCAAAUUAUGUUAUUACAAGAAGAUUCUGCAUGUUCUAAUUGUUGUUGAAAAUAAUCUAAGAGCUACUCUCGUGAGAAAUAGUCUUUCGAUGAGAUGAUCUCAAAUAAGGAACAUAUAUUCUCAUAAUAUGUAUGGCAUGGUCUAUAUUUAACUCAUAUAUAAAGCCUUUAU